AUCGAACACCAGUGAUAGGAAUAUCCCCAGGUGGCCGCUGUCGAAUCUCACCCCCGACCACCUGCUUGAGGCUAGUGCCUAAUCCUCCUAUUUUAGCAGUUUGUGGAAAAGUCAUCCGCUGCUUUUCGACGGUCACAAACUGCAGGAGCAGAGCCGCUCAAGAUGGCGUUGCCAAAGAGAAUCAUAAAGGAGACCGAGCGUCUUAUGGCAGAGCCAGUUCCUGGCAUCAACGCUGUACCCCAUGAAGACAACCUACGUUACUUCGAUGUCUCCAUCCAUGGACCGGCGCAGUCGCCGUACGAAGGUGGCAUCUUUCGCCUCGAACUGUUUUUGCCUGAAGAUUACCCGAUGACUCCGCCCAAGAUUCGCUUCCUGACGAAGAUCUACCACCCCAAUAUUGACCGCCUGGGGCGGAUUUGCUUAGAUGUGUUGAAGAACAACUGGUCUCCUGCUCUCCAAAUCCGUACCAUUCUGCUCUCAAUCCAGGCGUUGCUGGGAGCCCCGAAUCCGGAUGACCCGCUUGCAAAUGACGUUGCUCAACGCUGGAAGGAAGACGAGCCAACAGCUAUACAGACGGCGAAGGAGUGGACUAGAACCCAUGCCAUGACCUAGAUAAAAUGGGCAGUAAGGAUACAACCUGCUGUAAGAGCGGCCAUGCUGUGAUGUGACCAUGAGCAAAAGUAUUGCAUUUUGCCUCCCUGGCAUCUUUCUAGGCUAGGUCUCAAUUCUCUGGGACCUGUCAUCUCUCCCAUAUGGCGGAACAGGCAUUCUCCAUUCAUCGACUCCGGUUCGUUUCCCCAGAAGCGCUCUUGUAUGGCGAAAGAGCUAUGGCUCAUUCCAAAUUGUGUGGUAUAGGCAUAUGCUUGCUUUCUUCAGGCUACGAUCUAGUUGUUCCGAUUUUAGAGUGUUAAGCUUCAAUAGAAUUGCAAUAUACCUGUAACAGAU